AUGGCCCAAUUGAAGGAGGCCAGGCAGGGGCAUCUUGUUGGGGAGAAGACCCACGAGAUGGGCCAGUGCUUCCUGGCUGGAGGAGGAGGGGCUCCCAGGGAGAGGUGCUCGCCGGCCAGGAUUGCGAGCCAGGUCAACAUUGCAUCAAUUUUUCUCCUUAUAACCCAUGUCAUGUUGGAGAGUGAGGAGAGAGCCAUAGAUCUGGAAGGCUACACCAGUAAAUGUGAAGAGGAAAGGCAGCUCCCGUGUUCAUGGCUGUCUGCCCCUGCUAACAUUGCUGAGGCCAGAGGAAAGGCAACUGAGGAUCUCCCUUUCCCCUCUCCUGAUGUUAACUCCUUAACCCUCCUGGCAGCCAUCAGCCCCUACUUUCAGGAUAUUUUCAUCAACAACUGGAAAGAGUCGGAUGGAAAAGAGGUACUGCUUCAGGACGUGACCCCGUCUGUCGUCCAAAGCAUCCUGAGAUACAUCUACACCGAAGAAUUGGUGCUCACUCCUGAGCUGGCCCCUUUCCUAUUCGCAGGAGCUAGUAAACUGCAGAUUCCCCCCUUGCAGAACCUCUGCUGCAGGUUCCUCAUCACACACAUCUCUGUGCAGAACUGCUUCGAGGUGUACUCCUUGGCCUGCGCCCAUAAGAACGACGACCUGCUUCGGGCCACCGUACAGUUCCUCAUCCGGAAUUUCAACCAGGUUUUUGAGGAAGAGGGUUUCCUCCAGCUGGAAUUGGCCACGUUGGUCGCCCUGAUUUCCUCCGAUGACUUGGUGGCCACUUCGGAGCUCCAGGUCUACCGGGCCGUGCGGCGGUGGGUACAGGGACAACCUCGUGCGCGGGGCCCGCUGCUCAGCGAACUCAUCAACCACGUGCGCUUCCCGCUCCUGAACCCCACUGAACAAGACGAGCUCCAGAAGGACUUGGAGGUUCAGAAGGACCUCGAACUGGAGUGGAAAGUCCUGGAUGGCGAGGAGAGGCUGUGUCAGAGCAAGGGGCUGCGGAGGGGAAUGUACAAGCCGUACGUUGCUUGCGUCGACACCCAGCUGUGCGAUUUCCAGAGCUUGGAGGCAGACGAGGCGCACAUGGCGUGCUACGACCCUUCAGCUGAACUGUGGGAGAGACUCCCUGGCCUGCAGUCCUUGACACACGCUUGCUGCACCUCUGCCGGGGACACGAUUUACGUCUCGGGAGGCGUAUACCGCAGCUCUUAUUCCUCCGCCGUACAUGAGUUCAGCUCCUUCCGAAGCCAGUGGUAUCCGCUCCCUCCAAUGACUACGGCAAGACUGGGGCAUGGCUUCCUCUGCCACAACAAAAAGCUCUACGUCAUCGGCGGCUGGCGCAAGUACCACAGCUUUCUCAACACUGCAGAGAGCCUGGACUUAGCCACGGGAAAGUGGGCCGCGAUCGCAAGACUUCCCUUUCCCCUGAGCCACCCGGCUUCGAGCGUCUUCCGAGACAAGUUGUACCUGCUGGGCGGUGCACGGGACCUCACGUCCGGGUGGUUGUUCCACCGAGGGAUCCUGAUCUACACAAUCAGCUCCAAUACGUGGACUCAGGUAUCUCUCUCGACUGGUUUCCUCGCCGCAGGAGCCGUGGCCGGAGACCACGGGAUCUAUGUGAUCGGGGGAUACUCGGAGAAAAAGAACUGGGUGGAAGAGAACCAGGUGGAGAACCGCCGCAGCAGCCGCCGGUGCUUCUUUGUCAACGAAGCGGGCCAUGUGAGCCGUAGCUUCACCAUCCCCAAAUUACCACGUGGGAUCGCCAACGCAGGGGUUGUCUUCUGUGGCAAAAGGAUCUACGUGAUCGGCGGGGAGGAUUUGAACCAACGCUACAAGGCCGUUUACCGCUGGGAACCCGGUGAACCCCGCUGGCAUCGGGGUGCGAAGGAAAUCCCGGUUCCCCGGGAGGGUAUUAGCUCAUUUGGAUGUGCGCUCCUUUUGAGGCCCAAGCCACGCUUUGCGCAGCUUUUCCAAGUCUCCGCUCGCGUUCCGGUAGCAGCUGCCCGCAAGUAG